AUGUCGGAAGAACUUUUUAGCGAGUUAUAUGCGGAUGUUUUGUCGGAUUGUCCGAGUGAUUUCGAGUUCAGUGAUGAUUCAGACAUUAGACCAUCAAAACAACAAAGAAGAAUUCUUUCCGAUAGUGAAGCAGAUAGUGAUGAAGAGUGGAAUGAUAUUGAUAUUGUUCCUUCUUUGGAAGAUUAUUCGAGAAAUUCGAGAGUACCGAACUUCGAAUGUGAUCCACCAAGCAUCGUUGAUGUAAUCGAUUCGUUUUUUGAUGAAGAAUUUUUCAAUUUAGUUGUUUCUCAAACAAAUCUAUAUCGCACCCAAAUGAAAGAUUUGCAUAAAAAUUCAGCCAAAACUUUACAGUGGAAGGAAGUAACAACGAACGAUAUGAAAAAGUUUCUUGGAUUGUUGGUAUUGAUGGGACAAACGAAAAACACUUGCUGGAGAGAUUAUUGGUCGACUGACCCUUUGGUGGAAAUACCAAUAUUCCCUAAAACAAUGAGCAGGAUGAGGUUUGAACAGAUCUUCACAUUUUUCCACCUCAGUGAUAACGUUGAAAAUGUACUUAGUACAGAUAGGCUUUAUAAAAUUAGACCUCUCUUAGACUACGCUAUUUCCAAAAGUCAAUCGAUGUAUGUACCGAAGCAGCAAUUAUCAUUAGACGAAGCAAUGAUACCAUGGAGAGGACGUCUAAAAUUCAAAACAUAUAAUCCUGCAAAAAUUACAAAAUACGGAAUUUUAGUGAGAAUGGUUUGUGAAAGUGAGUCAGGGUACAUUUGCAACUUUGAAGUUUAUUCUGGUGUUGGGAAAAAACUUGAAGAAACAAUAUUGUCAAUUUUGCAACCGUAUUUUGGAUUUAAUCAUCACGUGUAUCAAGAAAUUUAUUACAACAACGUUUCAACAGCUAGUAUUUUACUUGAAAAUAAAAUACGUGAUAGUGUAGUUAGUCAAGGACCAAAAGAAACGGGUCAAGUUCUUGAAAUUGAAGCCCUUUAUUUAAUAUAUAUAUCAGAUUUAGGAUCAAGUUGUCAAGGAAAGGGUUUAAAAUGA